AUGAGUGACGCUCCCGUCAAACGCAGCCAUCCAACGCCAAAGCUCAAAGAUUCCUGUGAUAUGUGCUCAGCUUCGAAAGUCAGAUGCAACAAACAAAAGCCAGUGUGUGAUCGCUGUGAGCGGCUGGGCUGUUCAUGUUUUUACAGCCCGGCGCGACGCGUUGGUCGCCCUUACCCACGACGUAGUACCACCUCUCUCCAGCCCUCUGUCCAAUCGUCGAGGCAUGAUUGGGAAUGUUUGAAGAACACAACGAGCCUAACGCUUGAACAAGAAUUAUCAAAUUAUCCCGAAUCCACCGUAAACAAGUCAAAUGCCCCUACUGCAGCCUUCGAAAGUAAGGAUGAUAUUAACGGAAUUUCCUACCACGGGGCCUCUGAAAAUAGCCGACGGGUAUCUGCAAUUUGCACCGAAAGUCUUCUCGGCGAAUAUGCUGGCCUCGAUCCACCUGAUUUUGCGGCAACGCUCAACUCAUCAUCACCGUGUACUCAAGAUUUUUCACAUUCCGUUCAUUCAAAACUAAGCCCUCCAAGUUUUCAACAUCAAACCUCGCCGGACCUCUUCCUUGAUAAAAUCCUCCAGAGCGAUAUCUGUUCCUCGUCUCUGGACUGUGCAUCUGUCGCCAUGCAGACUCUCAUUCAACUUGACCUCAACGAAAAAGCCCAAAUAAGCAUGAAUCUAGCCUGCUCUUUCGAGUCAUGGGACCUCGAUGCUACGACCAAGACCGUCAUGAAGGCUCUCAGAAAAGUAACCACUAUUCUCAUCUGCCCAUGCUCGGAUACGUCCGAAGUCGGGCUUUUGGUUGCCUCGGUUUGCUUAGCUGUGCUUGAUGUUCUAAGUAUAUUAAUCAAUAAACUAGCUAUAUGUCGCUCGCAAAAUUUCUUAACUAGCUUAGGACUUGUUCCAACCGAGCACUCGCAAGGUAGAGCCGAGCCCCACAUAGAUUAUUCUGAAUCUGAAACGAUUAAUAAAUGGUUUGCUGUCCGAAAAUUUUUGGCUGAACUACCCCGUGUCUCCAAGGUCAUGCUGCAUUUCGCAAAUCGAUAUAGUGCAUCGAGCGGAGAUUUUUGUGUAUCUGAAGUUCUACCAGCUCUCGCUAUACACGUGAGAGAUAGGGUACAUGCGAUAGCUUGCAGUGUUAGCGAUUGGUGA